GUAAUGACGUCAAUCCUUACGUCUCCAACGAGCCGAAAAUGGCGGAGUAUUUGGCGUCCAUUUUCGGCACAGAGAAAGACAAGGUCAAUUGCUCCUUUUAUUUUAAAAUUGGUGCUUGUCGACAUGGAGACCGCUGCUCGAGAUUGCACAACAAACCAACCUUCAGCCAGACCAUCUUGAUUCAGAACAUCUACCGUAACCCCCAGAACAGCGCACAGACCGCCGACGCCUCACGCUGUGCCGUCAGCGAUGUGGAAAUGCAGGAGCACUACGACGAGUUCUUUGAGGAGGUGUUCGCAGAGAUGGAGGAGAAGUACGGCGAGGUGGAGGAGAUGAACGUGUGCGAUAACCUGGGCGACCACCUUGUCGGCAAUGUCUACGUUAAGUUCCGUCGUGAAGAGGAUGCAGAGAAAGCCGUCAUGGACCUGAAUAAUCGCUGGUUCAACGCCCAGGCCGUCCACUCGGAGCUCUCCCCCGUCACCGACUUCAGGGAAGCUUGCUGCCGCCAGUAUGAAAUGGGAGAGUGUACCCGAGGUGGCUUCUGCAACUUCAUGCACCUGAAACCAAUUUCGCGGGAACUUCGAAGGGACUUGUACGGCCGGCGCAGGAAAAGGAACCGCUCGGGGUCGCGUACCCGGGAAAGACGCUCCCGCUCUAGGGAACGACCACCGCCGCCGCCACGGCGGGAGCGCGAGAGGCCAAGAAGGUCGGGGGACCGCGAGCGCUCUGGAAGGUUCUGAAAGAAGCCACGACUGACCCAUUGUUCUACCGAAUCCCUCCCUCCUAACCCCAGCAGUGAUGAUGACAAAUUGAUUUUCUUUAUUGGUGAAUCGUUGGAAGUGUUUUUCUUUUAUUCCCUUUUUUUAAGACGAGCUUGUGUCGCUUUCUCAAUAAAACAGAUUUGUAAUUCUGCACUGGCA